UGACAGGGGAUCUGAGCUCGGUGGUGACGAGGGGCCCUCACGUGACCGGGAGGGAGCCUGUCUGCCCAAAUCCCUCUAGUUCUGCUCCUUUUUGCAGGUCUAGGCGCCCGUCUUCCUACUGCCCUUCGGUCAAGGGGGAAAGCAGAGAAAAGGAAUCUGCAGGUCACUUCAAGGAGAGGACCACCGCGAGCAAGCUGCCCGGAGAAGUUCCGGUGGACAAAGGUAACUGUUUAAAGAAGAGAAAUUCUCAGCAUGGAAAAGCCACCCAAAGAAAACGUGGAAGAACCACAGAUCUCCCCAGAGACCUUGCAGCCCCCGCGUCCCCUGGAGACCCUUUCCGAAGAGCACUCUCCCAGGGAGGAGGAAGAAGAGGAAGAGGAGGACGAGGACGAGGAGGAAGAGGAAGAGGAGGAGCAGCAGGAGCAGUCUUCAGAGGAGCAGUCUUCCGAGGAGGAAGAGGAGGAAUUCUUUCCCGAGGAACUCCUUCCUGAGCUCUUACCUGAGAUGCUCCUCUCAGAGGAGCGCCCUCCUCUGGAGCACCUUUCUGUGAAGCACCUUUUGGAGGAGCGCCCCCCUAUGGAGCAACCUCCUUGUGGUGUGGGCAAGCACAAGCUAGAAGAAGGCAGUUUCAAGGAAAGGCUGGCUCGGUCUCGCCCGCAACUUAGAGGGGAGAUACAUGGCAAGAAUUUAAGCAACGAGGAGAUGAUACAGGUAGCCGAGGAGAUGGAGGAGAUGAAGAGAGUACGAAACAAACUGCUCAUCAUGCACUGGAAAGCAAAACGGAACCGUCCUUACCCUAUUUGAUGCCUUCUACCUUGAGCGCUGACUCGCCACUCGAAAUUUUCCGUUUGCCUUUUCUCCUGUCCCUUUUGGCCCACUUCCUCUUUUUAGCUUCUGGUGUGGCUUUCUUUUAGGUCCGCCUCUUGUGAGUGGCAUCCAAUUGGUUUUGUCCUUUCCCUCCCCCUCCUCUCCCUGUGAUCUCGACAGUCUCCAUCAUUGGGUCUUGAAUUUCACCCUCUGGCACGAAGAUGUACAUUCUGUAUUGUGCAGUUGGUGGGGGGCGGGAGGCGGGAAAGCAACUUCCCAAAGUAUCUGAAAACGUCAGCUAUGUAUAUUUCUAUAGUCAUAUGCAACGAACGCAAAACUAUAUGAUGCAUCAAAAGCUGAACGACAUCUGUGAUAAAAUAAUCGGUGAAGUUUGGGUUAAUUUUUGCUUUUCCGAAUUUCUCAUCUUUAACCUUAUGUUGCUGUUUUUGUGUUGCCAAAAAAAUUACAUGAAGAGAAUGUGAAGCAGUUAAAAAAACCCAUAAAUUUAUGAAGAUUAUACUGCACUUAAUAAAUAGUCAAAAGUUCACAAAAGUAAA